GACCUGCGCGCAUAAGUUUCCCGCUGCAGCUGCGCGGAUGCCGCGCUGCCGUGGGCGCCAUCCGGGGCCGUUCGUUCGGUGCGAGCGAGGAGUUUCCGUGCCCGUCCCGCUGCGCGUGCGGGCAGGGAGCGGAGCUCGGAGGAGCUCCGUGCUUAGCAGCGCCGUUGAGCCGAGCCCGGGGUGCGCGGGGCCGCCCCGGUUCCUCGCGGAGCGGAGCGGGGCUGCGCCCUCCCGGGCCGAACCGCGCGGCGGCUGCCCGGAGCCCCGCUGUGCCCGGAGCUGCCGUCCCGCUGCUGGGAGAGCGGCUCGGAGCUGUGCUGGUUGCCGAAGGCUUCCUGAAAUACAGAGCGACAGAGGAGUGUGGGAGAAGGAUGCGUGGCCGCUGCGGUUUGGGGGCGAAGGGGUGGGCAAAUCCCUGUUAGUGGCACGGGGUUGAGGUGAUGCCGGUGGCACCGGCUGUGAGCUGGGCUGGAGCUCCUCGCCCUGCCCUGUGCCAGGAGGGGCUGUGCUGGAUGCGUCCAGCGCUGGGAGCUCUUGGAGCAGAAAGCACUGCUCGGGAGAGCCUUUUCUUUCCGUUUAAAAUGGUGCUCGGUGUCUUGGCUCUGUGCUGUGAGAUGCGAUAGGAUCCUCACGUAGAAGCAGAACCUUUGGAGAGACCACCGGUGUGCUAACAGGUUAAACCCAAAUGCUAGAUUUUUCUUUUAAAGCCCGUGAAUACCUGCCUGUGGAUUAGACGCCUCGAACAGUCACGUCUUCCCCCUGCUUUUCCCAUGCCUGCAUGUCGUUCUGAAACAUGGUUUAGUUCUUGUGGUUUUAAUUGCAUUCUUGGGCAACUUCCUGAAAGAGAAACCUGGGAGGCUGACUCUUAAACUGCGCUGAAAAAUGACUUCCUCCUCUCCCCUGCCUUUCUCAUGUGCGAGUGCUUACUGACGUCUUACUCCCUGCUCCUCGCAGGAAUCCAUUAGGAGCCAGCCCUCACCGUGCCUGUUCAUCAAGCACACCCAGGUGUGGGCAGCGGCACUGCUGUGCCCCUUGGAAAGGGGAGAAGCCACGGUGUGAGAAGCAGCUGUGAACCGUGGGAUGAUCUGACAUGCGAGGUGACAACCAGCACUAUAGGAGGGCAGGGUGAUGGGGCUGAUGAGUUCAAGUAGGUGUAAGCUGUGCUGGCGUGGAGUUUGGGUGCUGACUAAACCUGUGAGAACAGCAGCUGUUUGGCACAGAUGUGAACUUUGUGCAGUGACUGCCAGCCUGUGGUGCCUUUAGGAUUGUGGGCACGUUGUGUGCCGGAUGAGCUGUCAGCGAGUUUUGCCUGUGCUCGUAAGAUGCUGAGGAGCUGUCUGGAAGUUACUCUUGCUGCUGCUACCUGUGUCUGGCUGUUACUGAAACUGCUGCAGGAGGUGGUGAUGUGCGCAUCGCUAUGGAACUUCCCUUAAUAGCUCUGUGUAUCCCUUGUAGGAGAGAGAAUAAGCUUACAUCAGUCCCAAAAUAAGCAGGAAUCUGCAGUGGGUUUUGUCUAAAGGUGCACACAGAAGCGCUGAAGCUCCUGUUUGGUGUUGUCAUUGACAACAGGGAAACAAGCACAUCUUCGAGGCGUACAUACCUUCAGUGUGGGUCUCCACGCUUUGCCACCAGAAAUGUGUCCUGAAGCUCCUUAACAAGCGUACUGCCAGGCAGGGAAGUGGCCAAGAGCAAAGCCAGGGUGUUGCAUUUUUGCUGACUAGAUUAGUGUGUGCAUGCAUAUGUGGCUGGAUCAAAAUACCUCCCUCACCUCACUGCUAGGAUUUAAAAUGGAGAUAUGUAUAUAAAUGGCGUACUUCUGCAGCUAGGGAGCAGUUUGGGGGAAGCCUGGGCUGGGUUUGUGUUAGAGGGAGGUGCGCUCUGUCUGCUGGGCUUGUGCAGCUGGGCACAGCUUUUGAUCCUUGCCAGGCAACUGCAGUGUUGGUGGUUGAAGAAGGUGAGGUUCUGUGGAGGGUUUUCUUGGGGUUUUUGGUUUGUUUUUUUUUUUUUUUUGGAACCUGAAAUCAGGGUAGUCUGAGCAGCUUGAAUUGCUUAAUCAUGAGUGUGCAUGAGAAGGAUGUCUUUCAUACUUUUAAUUGGAGAAAUUGCCCUAAUGAAGCAGACACAGUUAGUUGUUCUGUUAGCUGCCUUCUGCCACUCUUUGGAGCCUAGGAACUUUAUACUCGGGAAGACAGGGAAAAGAUGGAUGAAUCACUGCUAAUCUGUAAAGUGCUGCAGAAUACAGUCAUCUUUACAUGCCUCUGGGCAUCCUACUAAUCACCUGUAGCAUACUUACAAAUCAUAUUUUAUAGCAGAGAACUAAUGUUUAAGUACAGUAUAAAUAGUGUACCUGUAUUAUCUGUAAACAACUUGUGAGUAAGCAGGGUGAUAUUAAGAAUUGCCUCCCCCUUCCCUGCUUUGGAGGGCAGGCAGUAUGGAAUGGUCUCCCUUCUACCAAGGAGGUUAAAGGUUAACACUGUAAGUUAGUUGAAAAUACAGGCAGUUACCUUAAAGUGAGCAGUUUGUAGAUAUGGGAUUGUGACCAAGCUGAAAGCGCUCAACCAGAUGUAUGUUCAGGUGGGGUCCCCUCUGUGGUGGUUAAAAUGAUGGGGUGGAAGGAAACAAAGAUGAAAAGUACAGGUGAUUCCAUUUCACAGCUGUAGCUGUACAAACGUUCAGGCUGAUGCGCUCUGGGAGGAAGCUGUCCUGUGCUCUGCUUCUUGCUGUCUCUUCUGUGAACCACGUUGGUACUAAAAGCUCAGCUACAUGAGUACUUGUACCAGCUCCUGGGGUCACUGCUGAGGUAGGAGCCCCUGAAGAUGCACUGGAAGAGGAUGUGAGAAUGCUGAUCUGAGAUGUAGUUUCUGGAGUUGUUAUGGCCUUAAGAUGCUUAAAUGCCAGCUGAAGUGUGUGAUCCUUUAGCACCUCUCCCUGAGCAGUAUCUGUAAAAGCACACGAGUCUUGGAAAUGUUUGGCAACAGUGGUCCACUGUUCACCUUGAAUAGCCGGAGAGAUGCUUUUGUUUAUCUUUCCAUGGUGGAACUGGAAGGUAGCUUAUGCUGGUAUCUGAUAAAUAUGCCACAGGUUGGUUUAAGGAUGAGAGGAUAUUCCUUAUGUGAAUUGAUAUCCUGAAGGUGGAAAUCUGUCUUGCUGACAGUAGUCAGCAAUUGGUGUAAACCAUGAGCUCCAGGCAGCCUCCUGCUCUCUCCUCCUUGGCUUUAGAAACUGCAGCUUAAGUUUGAGGGUUUUUCCCUCUUGUCCUCAUGAGAGCAGCUAUGGAGGGGGCACUAUGUUGGAUUGUCAGCAAGUGCUGAGUUGAAGGCCCUGCUCAGGGCUGUGUGUGUGCAGAGGCCUCAGCAUGCAGGUAUGGGCUGUUGGGUUGUGAGGAAUGUUACUCAGCAGUGGGCUGUGAGCUGCAGUAAGUUACACAGGGGUCUCCAGAAGCAGUGUUAAGAGAUUCUGAUGUGUUAGCAUUUCUCAGGUCAGCUGAUGUGCAGAUGGUAGGGGUUCACGUAGCUUUGGCCAAGCUUUGCUUUCUCCUUAAAUGUUUUUCUUAGUUGACAACUUGAACUUGAGACGCCUAUUCCUGCAGAAGAACAUCCCUGUUCUGCUUACUGAUGGUCCUCACUGCUUGUGAGACAACUGUGUCACCUGAUAUGAACUGCAGGUGCCUGCAGGCCAAAGGUGGUGGGGCUUUGGUUUUGCUGUUUUAGAUAGGAGAGGGGAGGCUUUUCCUUGGCUCCAACAUGUUAAAGUUACAAAACUAAGAGGAGAACUGAGUCGUUUUUCUUCUAUUGCUUGUUAAAGAAUGUGAAAAAGCUAUCUAAAUAGCAUGUAGAAGUUUCUUUAUCUUUAGUGGUAUGUCUCAGUCUCGCUGUAUACCUUCAUAUUGGAGGAGUAGCUUGUGUAUCUUAUGUAGCUCUCUCAGCAGUGAAGCAAGCCUGAGGCCUCCAGCUGCUUGUGCAGCUCAGUUUAAGAGGCUGCUUGUCCCAGCUAAUUGCCUGCUUCCUCUGCUGAGGUUUGUCAUCUGCAUUUCAGAAAUAGCGAUGGGCUGUGUGGAGGCUUCUCUGUGAGCGCGGUUCACAGCCCAGCCCACGAGCUCCUAGUCUGAACUGAACCAGGGCCUUCAGCAUAGCGGGCCGUGGUCUGUUCUGGCAGGCCCCUUGUGCGUACUUCAUAUCUGAUUCUUUUUUCUUCUGCGGAAGUUUGGGUCUUGCCUUUCCAGAAACUGUAGUGAAGCCAGUGGGAUUAAUCAGAAGUGAGGUCAGAUUAAUGAAGAAAACAUGUUUUUGCAAGUAUAUUCUUCCGGAUAGCUUUUGGUUCUCAUUAACUGGUUAAUGUCGGCCGUCCUGCAGAUGACUGAGGAGCGUGGCUGGGGCUCCUGGCAUGGCGCCUCACUGUGUCCUCACAAGAUGCAAUUCCCACAGCCUUACAGCACCACUGAUUUCUGAUGCCUUUUAGUUGGCUGGUGCUGCUUCUAAACCUAGGGAGGGGGGGAAAAGGUGAAUGUAAGUAAAUCUCUGUGCUGCAAAGAGAAGUAUAGAUAUCCCUGUCAUUUUUGUGCAGCCUUAAGACUAUGGUAGCUUUAAGCUAGUUCUGAAAUAGCUGAGAACUGCCCACUGGAAACUAUUAAUCUGAUGUGUCUGUGCAUCUGGAUCUGUGAAGCUGUUCUAGGUUUAAGUAAUCAAUUAGCUUUAUAAUUUUCGGAAAUUUCAUCACUGAUUAAAUACAUCUUAAGAAUUCUGUUCCCAUCUGACAUAUUGGGUAAGAAAUCUGGUUUCUGAAUUCAUUUGCCAUUGGAAAGGCUUGAUCAUAAACACUGUAGAAGGUGAUCGGUAACUAAAAGGCUUGUCUGUUGUCACUCUCCAGGUCUACAGCAAGCACUGUAAAUAGGACAGUGUUUUCUCUCCAAGUAUUUUGUUGGAAUUAUCAUGUAACAUUCCCUAGAUACAGAGGCCUCCGUGUUUGAGAUCUGGGAUAUAUGCCUGUAUAUGAUCUUAUAAGGGUUCUUAGGACAAACAGAGGAUGCUGGAGUUGUUCCAGUUUGCUUUCAUGGUGAAAUAAAAUACAAAUAGGUAACUUCAUACGACUACUAGCACUAUUAUUACCAUGGUUAUACCUCUUGUAGGAGGGCAAAAAAGGCAGAGACAAUGUUAUCUAUAUGAUUUCAAGUACUUCCUGGUUCCUUUCCUCUUUUAAAGUCCCCUUGGAAGGCUGAAAUCCUGUCGUUUCACCCUUUGGACAUAUCUAUUACUGUGUGCAUAUGCUUCAGCUGGAUGUCACAUGGCUCAUGUCAUGCCAUCUUUCUUAUUUUCCCAUGAAUAUGGAAGUAUUAUUGCUACACAGAAAAUGCCAUUUCCAGUUGUGCUGUAAAACCAGAGACCUAGCUGUACAAUGUGGAAUUAGAAGAACUAGGCUUGUUAAGAUGCUGCUUAAUAGGUAAAAAAUGAGUAUUCUGUAAACUAAACCUAAAAGGUAUAGAAUCUGAAGGCACAUAUUUGCUUAAUCUAGUAUGUAACAACUUAGUUUGAGGACUCAAUUCUAUGCUUUGAGCUUCCUUUAUUCUUUGCCUGCCUUCUUCUAGGACUGAAUGUUAUGAAUGCUGCUGUCAGUAUUGUAAGCCUUCUGAAGAACAUGCAGUGGGGAUCUCUCAAUAGUCAGCCAGCUGUAGGUGCUUUGGGUGGCUGUGGAGCUGCUCUCACCCAGGCUUUCUGCUCCUCCUGGUCUGUGCAGGGGGCAGGGUGCUUGUCACUGGCCAACAGAUGGAAAUUUACCAUGAGUGAAGGUGCAGGUUUCAGUUUGUUCUGCAGGACUGUAGAGAGGGGAGUGAACCCUGAUGUCAGAGGAAUCCAGGUAGCAAGUGGAAGUGAAUAGGAGUACUUGGGACCUUCUUCUUGAAGAGCACUGAAGGGAAACCAUGCUAUAGUAGUGGUAAGGGUUAACUUGGUGGUGGUGAGAAAACCAACUUGGUAAGAUACCAACCAUUGUUAGUCUUAAACCUUAUGGAGUUGCUCCAUGAAUCUGUACUUGCACAGCCCAUUAUCAAAGAGUCGAUAGCCUGUACCUUAUUAAUGGGAACUUACAGACCUGUCGGUUUGCCUUGGGCUCCUAAUGAGCCUGUGCUUGCAUAGCAAGUGUUAUUAAUGUACAGUAAAUGUGGGAGCUGAGGUUCCAUGAGGCCUUUCUUCUACAAAAACUCAAGGGAAAACCUGGGUUAUGAACCUGCUGUUAAGUUGUAGGCAAAUACUUCAAUCGCUGAACCAUCAGUCUCUCUACUGGGAUAAAUCCAAAGCGGUGGGUUGCAGCCUGGCUGCCAUGUUGUGAAACAGUACUGUGCUGUGUGGUUUGUGGAAAACUGGUUCUGCAGCAUUAGUCAUGAUGGGCUGCCUAUCCCAUGCUGUUUCUUCAUUAUGGUAAAAUAGCAGUGUUGCAUAAAGAACUUGAGAUCAACGAAACCACUUCUUUAAUAAAAGGACACCAGUAAAUUAAAAACAAUUCUGUUUAAUCUUCUUGAUACUGCACAAUUUGACAGUGGACCUUAGAGAAGGCUGUGGAGUUUCAUCUUUCUCCAUGAAAGUACCGGGUAGGAGUUCCUAGUACAGGCUGCCCAAGGAAAUGGUGGUGUCACUGUCCCUGGAGGCGCUCAAGAAGCGUGUAGAUGUGGCACUGAGGGACACAUCUUAGUGGGCUGUAUUGGUGGUAGACUUUUUCCUGUAGUACAUAAAUAGAAGUAGCAGCAAAUUCUACAGAGAUGCCUACCUGCGCUCUUGAAAUUGAGCAGUGUGGCUGUGGUAUGGUUAUAGCUGAAUGGUGAGGUCAAAAGCUAUCUCUAUGGAUCUUUACUGCACCAUGUGAAAUGUGGGCCUUGUGAAGCACUAUCAUGUAAAUGUUGUAGAAGACUUUUUUCCUCACAAGCAUCUGUUUGUGAACUCCUGGACAUGCUAGCUAUGAGGCUUUGGAAAUCUUGAAGUAAAGCUUGUCUGUCUGUCCUUCCUGCUAAACUGAAACUCCCAGGAAGCAUUGGUCAGGACUUUUCAUGAAGAGUCAUUCAAUCUUUUUGUUCAUGUGGGAACUCUGCUUGGACAAAGAGAUGGUUCAUAUCUGGGGCCAGCCAGUUUUACGGGUUGGAGCUCCACUGGGAAAUUCCCCCUUGGCAGAGGAGGCUGGUUGGACGAAGCAAGGAGGGAGGCUUUCCAGAUGGAGACGAUCCAUUUUGAAACACAAAUGGACAAAUGAACUGGGAGAAUUAGAAAUUGCAGAGAAAGGAUUAAGUUCAGGAGAGCCUCAGAAUCAGUACUGUCAACUGCAGAGGACUGUAGUGCCUGAAGUCAAACCAAUAUCUUAACAUGCAAAAUGUGGUGUUAAAAAGCAACAAAGCCUCCCAGCUUAUCUCAGUGCACAAGGCAUGUUUGUCUCAGUGUUGACAAUAACUUACUCCUCUUCACAGCAAUCUAAGUACUGAACUGUUUAAAAGGGUUUAAAAACUGGGAAUCAUCCUUCCUGUGUGAAGCUCUGCAUGUAUUAAGCCUACUAGGUGCUGGGUAAUAAAAAUCUGUGUUGUGCUAUUUUUUUUGUGACUUACCAUGCUGAUACAUUGUGGGUUUUAUUAUUGUAUAUAUGUGGGGGGUCUGUGUUGCUUUUUGCUUUUUUUUUUUCUUGCCUCCCCCUUAAAGCAGGUAGCACUGUAAAGAGUUUAAACAGGAGAGAGCCAAACUUCAGGAGGUAUCAGAAAACCUGCAGGAAGACUGCAUGUUUCUGGUUUGGCUUGUCUGUUGUGUGCUGUGAACGAUGCUACCUCUGAACUUGCCUGCAUUCAGGAUGUGGAUCCUGCUGCUCUGAAUCCAAAAGCGUAUUUAGGAGGAGGAGUGGCCAAGCAGUGUAUUAGGAGAGGACUCUCCAAGUUAAAGGCUUUGAGAUAAAAGGCUUAGGCAGAAGAGGAGUUGUGAACACCUGUGAGGAGGAGAGGGAAAGCUUGAGUUUCCUAAUGUGCUGCCAAGUGUGCAUCUCCUGAAAAACAAGACCCAGCAUGUGACCUUCCCACUGCAAUCACAGUGGUCUUGUUGCUGGGAGAAACAAUUCCUGUAUGCUUAGCUAGCUCUUUAAAAGGCUGUUAAUAAAUUUGGUUGAGUACUUUUUCAGUCCUGCUGCAGAGAGUUAGUUAAAUGCAGCAAGGGAAGCUACUUUCUACUCACAUGGCAGCUGAAAUGGGACUUUUUAAAUUAGUAGCACAGAUGGCACUGAGAAGGAGACAGCAAAACCUCAGGUUCUGAGAAGCUCCCAGAUGUUUGGCCCAGGUGGAAUUUGUCUGAGCUGUUUGGGGCUCAAUACAGUGAGAAUCUGUGGUGUUGAAAGGCUGCUUUUUUGGGGCACUAAUUUAUCUUCAGCUGCACUUGUUGCUAUUUUAAUUUCAGCUAUUUGCAGAAAUGAAGUCCAGUGUUUAAACUUCUUUAUGCCUGGUAAGGCUCUAAGAAGCUGUGGAAUCCAGCUUGCAGCUGAGAAAAGGAGCCUUAUGGGUUAUUUUAUUGCUGCUGAAGUGAUGGCUCAAAAUAAAUGCUUGGAGAUGUCAUGUAGGAUUCUAACAUACUGUUGUGCCUGCACCUACAACACUAAGUACCUAGCAGUCUAUGUGCAGGUCAGCAACAGCCCUGGCUCUCUGAAGAUGAAGUACUUCAUAACCUAAUUCUUGUAGGUGAAUCUCCACAGUCAGUGGCUUUUCAUGCUCAGGGCUGACUAUGUGACUUCUGUCAGCUCCACCAAAUGCUUUUUGGUACUCACAUGAAACAGUCUAUUAAUGUACUUUUGCGUGAAGCAUUCUGUAAGUGCAGGCUGGAAGCAUCGUGUCCUCUUUGCUGAUGUAAAUGCUUCAGCCCAAAUUGUCAACCGUGCAUUACGUGGAUGAUCUAAAUGGUUGAGCCUAGUGAGAGUUGAGUGCAUUGCAUGCUAGAGGCUGUGUUCAUUCAGGGACUGGUAGCCUAAAGACAUCUUGUCUGUCACAGAGUAAUGCAUAGCUACCAGUGCAGAUAUGAGAUGCUGUGGUGUUCCUCUUCCUCCUUCCUGAUAGCUGUCUACCUGACUGAGCUGCUUGUCUGAAAAUAUGCAGGUUAAACUAGGCUUGGUGGUCUGAUACAGGCAGUAACUGCAUUUAGCAUGGCAUACAGGACUCAGGGUGGUGCUCCUUUGUAAGGGAGGUAGAGCACCAGAGUUACUGGUAUUUGCAGAAUCAUAGAAUGUUCCAAGUUGAAAGGGACCCAUAAUGAUCACUGAGUCCAACUCAAGUCCUUGUGUUGUACCAUGUGCCACAGACUACAUCUAGGACUAAACACACCCCCAGCUAGCAUGUACCCUCCCUCUCAGCACCACAUGCCUUCUGUUAAAGCAGAAAAGCCACAAGGGACCUGUGGCUCUGAAGAUCUGGCACUCCAGUGUUGCCCAUACGGAUUGCAAUGCAAUCUCACUAAUGCUAGAAGCAGCUUUCUCACUAUCUCAUAGGAUUGAGAAGAGUUUGUAAAACCAAGGUCCCAAAAAACUUUUACUGCAUCUUUUUUUCCAAUGGCAUCAUGCUGUGGGAGAUAACCCAUGCCACCAAGAGAACCCAUAAAACAAACACUGAAACCAUCUUGUCAUGGGCAAGGCUUAGAUUCUGAUUUAGCUACUGCCAAGUUUUUUUUAGAUUCAGUGAUGAAAGCUUGUUGAAAGCUUGUAGGUAUUCUGUACAGCAGGUCAACUGUUUACGUCCUACACAUCCUACAUCCUCUCUGGCUUUUUUCUCCUUGCACUGUGGUUAAGUUGGCUCUUUCUUUCAGGAUAUGUAAAUGCAUUUCUUGUUACUGAACUGCAUAAAAGUUGAAUAUACUAAAAUCCAUGUGAGGAGCAUUAAUAAUGUAUGAAUGCUGCUUCUUUUCUCACAUGAAAUUAGCUCCUCCAUGAGCUGGUUAGGCCAUGCAAUGGGGCAUAGCAGAGCUAAGAAUCAACUGCUCUAUAAGUAAUACUGAAAAGUGCUUUUAAUUUUUCCUGUGCUUGGAAUACUGCAGAACUUGGCUUCACUCAUUUAUUAGGUGUCUACUAGAGACUGCUCUCAGAGACCGACCUUCCCUAAUGGCAUAGCAGGAGGGAGAGCCUGGGUGAGCCUGGUGCUGUCUGGGGAAGCCAGGUGCAGGAGGCCAUGGCUUUUGCACUUGGCCACAGCUGCUGGAUUUUAUUUUUGCCUUGGAAGCAGUCGUGUUAUUCUGACAGAGCUUCACAUGCACUGUGAGGGAGAAUACAUGGCUGCUGGUGUCUGUCAUUCCUGAAUCUGGCCAGGGCUUUCACCAGUGAAAUAAAAACCAUGGGACCCACAAUGUGCUGUGUUAGCUUAAAGGCAGAGGAAAGAUGUGUCUGACUUUAACCAGGGUUGUGCAGAUGGAGUACAUAAAUGGCAAUAAAACAUAGCUUAGUUUCAUAGCUGUAUCACUGUUCUUUGCCCUUGUAGCACACUCUGCAACGUAAGGUGUCAAGGGGAGGUAUAUGCUAAGAAUCUCUAAUAGAUAAUGGAUUUAUCUUUUUUUGCCAAGAUACUGGGUGAAGGUAAAAGUCUGACUGAUAAUGGGGUUAAGGGUAUUUGCUUAAAAUACCAUUUGGGUUCCUGGUAGGAAAAAGAUGGUCAGCAUGGCAUUGAAAUCCUUAAAAACCCAAACCUGCCUGCUCUGAGAUAAUGCUUCAUGCAAGGCAGCACUGCUAUCUUAGUGUACUUGCUGCCUGGAGAGAGAGAAAACCAAAUGGUGGUGUCAGGUAGGUUGCAAAUAUUAGUAUCAAUUAGUGUUCCUUAACAUGGAAAGAAGUAGUGCAUAUUCCUUUUCCAUGUCACACUGCUGGCUCUGCCCAUGGUGUCUUCCUGCUCCAGCUGGGAAUGAGACCAGAACAGGCCUAGGAGGAGAUGGGGGCAGGCUGCACUUGGAUUUUCUUCCUGUGCAUCUUACCUGCUGCAGCUGCUCAAAUCCAGGUUAGUUUUCAGAGUCAGUUGUGUAUUGUCAGUCAUUGGCUGCUAUGGGGCUCCUUUGGAAGGAACUGUACCUCUGUGACUUCCAAAGCGCUUGGAGGAUUAGAAGUUGGUGGGAAAGACCUAAUUAGAGGGCAGGCUGCUAACCUGUCCUCCUUACUUUUUCUUAACUGACUUGAAUUGGUUAGACUGGCUCCUCUGGUGGCAGUGAUACCAUCGCUGUUGGGCUGUGGGAGAGACGUGGCUCAGCUUGGUCAGCAUUUGAGUUACUCUGUGCUGCAACAGCAGGCUUGAGUAAGUGGAUUGCAUCCCCUGAAGCAGUGCAGAAGAGGAUGGAAAUGCUGUAUUUGUGGCUUUCAACCCUUUUAGCGCAGUGAAAGUACGUUCUAUUAAAAGAUGAUUAAGUGAAUCUAUAGAAACACCAGCUGGUUUUCUGGUAACCAGGCGCUCUGGCGUGGUGUGAGCUCGCAGCGUAGGUAGGCUGCCAUGGCAGAGCUCCCUGCUGCAUUGCGCCCUGCUCGAGUGGGAGGCAGGCUGUGGAAAUAGUGCAGUGCUCUCAGCUGGGUAAUGAGCUACUGCUGGCCUCCUUCUCUGGGGUGGCUUAAGCCAGAAGAGCAAGUGUGUGGUGAUAAUCAGAAGGCUUACGGGGAGGAGAGGCAUAUUUUUAGCUUUUGCAAGUGGUGCAAAUGGCAUUUGAAUUAGUUGUAUAUACUUUCUGCAGGUUUUGUAGCCCUCAAUAAGCUGGGUUGCCCCUUGGCUCAUCGGUGCAUCUGGAAGGCUAGCGUCUCAGCAUGCUCAGCCACUGCUGGCUCACUUGCUGGCCUGAAAAUGGACGCCCAUGUGCUUGGACUUUAUACCAUGAUUGAACUUCUCAAAGAUUAGUGAGAGAGCCUGAAUUCAUGGAAGAGAUUACUGCAUGACUAUUGCUUUAAGUAAUUUUUUUGCCCUAACUAAAUGGGAUUGAAUACAUAUCCAUGAAGAGGAAAUCAAGCCUGGUUAUUUCCAACCAGAAACCAUGAACUGGCACUUCUCGCUUCUCUUUCUUCUUGGGACUUUAGCAUCUGUGUGUUCCCAGUUCAAUUUUUAUCCUCUGGAGGAGCUUAGCUCUGAUGUUGGAAUCCAAGUCUUCAAUCAGAUAGUGAAAGCUAAGCCUCAGGACAAUGUAGUAGUUUCUCCUCAUGGGAUUGCAUCAGUGUUGGGGGUGUUACAAUUGGGUGCUGAUGGCAAGACAAAGAAGCAGCUGACAACUAUGAUGAGAUAUAGUGUAAAUGGAGCAGAAAACCCUCCAAGAGCAGCUGGAAGCAAGGAGGAGAGCCAGCAUCAUGAGACCAGCCAGCUCUCCCCGGACCACCAGCAAGUGCUCCGUGGACCACCAGUGGUCCACAGAAUACAGUUUGAGAACCUCUGUUAUGGAGUUGGUAAAGCGUUAAAGAAGAUAAACAGGCUCAUAGUCUCAAAAAAGAAUAAAGACAUUGUUACAAUUGCUAAUGCAGUAUUUGCAAAGAGUGGCUUUAAAAUGGAAGUGCCUUUUGUUACAAGGAACAAAGAGGUGUUUCAGUGCAGUGUCAAGAGCGUGGACUUUGAGGACCCAAAUACAGCCUGUGAUUCCAUCAACCAGUGGGUGAAAAAUGAAACAAGGGGUAUGAUUGAUCAAGUUGUAGCUCCAGAUGAUAUUGACAGUUUAACCAGACUGGUUCUAGUAAAUGCUGUAUAUUUCAAGGGCUUGUGGAAAUCACGAUUUCGACCUGAAAACACAAAGAAACGGCCAUUUUAUGGAGCUGAUGGGAAGACCUACCAAGUUCCCAUGUUGUCCCAGUUAUCAAUCUUCCGCUGUGGUACUACAAGUACUCCAAAUGAGCUGUGGUAUAACAUAAUUGAAUUGCCAUACCAUGGAGAAAUGAUAAGCAUGUUGAUUGCUUUGCCUACGGAGAACACAACACCGCUCUCUGCUAUCAUUCCACACAUCAGCACAAAGACAAUAGGAAGCUGGAUGACAACCAUGGUAGCCAAAAGAGUGCAGGUUAUUUUGCCCAAAUUUACAGCAGUAGCAGAAACAGACUUAAAGGACCCUCUGAAAGCCCUUGGUAUUACAGAUAUGUUUGAUGAGUCAAAAUCAAACUUUGCAAAAAUAACAAGAACAGAAGGUCUACAUGUAUCUCAUGUUUUGCAGAAGACGAAAAUUGAAGUUAGUGAAGAUGGAACCAAAGCUUCUGCAGCAACAACUGCGAUUUUAAUAGCCAGAUCAUCCCCUCCUUGGUUCAUAGUAGACAGACCGUUUGUAUUCUUCAUCCGGCACAAUCCUACAGGUACAAUCUUGUUUAUGGGACAAAUAAACAAACCUUGAAUGUGGAAGACUUUCUUCAAGAAGUAAACAGACUCAUGUGCCACACCCCUGUUCUGUUCAAUAUUUUGUAUGCUACUCUGACUUCACUCAAGAGCUAGUGUUAACCACUGACUAGGUUUUGAAAUGGGAGUCAACGUAGUUCUGGCUUUUUGGGGAAAAAUACAGAUGGAAAACUACAGUAUGCCUUUGAAAUGUCUAAAAGAUUCUCUGAACUACUGAAUGGUUACCCAUGCUAACAAACUUUUGAGCUUUUUCUGUAUCUACUAAGAAUUUUACGUAUGGCUUUUGUGAGAGGAUUUUAACAGAGAAUGUUAAACAUUUCUAUUAAUGUUGGUUUCUUCUUGUGUGUGGAAAAGGUCUAAUUUGUAGAUACCCCCAUCAAGAUUACUUCUGGUUCUUGAGUAUCUUGAUACCUGGGUGUUCUUGGUAGAGAUAGAUUAAAAGUUCUAGCAGUUUUUAUUUUAUAUAGUGCAUGUAUCACUGAGAGUUUUAAAACUAAUGUGAUGUUAGAUACACAUCGCGUUGUCCUGUCUUAAUGUAAUGUAAACUUGUCAUUGCUAGGUUGCUAGUAUACACUUUCUAUUGGAUUUAAAUUUUAUAUUUGUUUUUGUACAAAGGAAAAAAAAUAAAACUGCAUUAUGAACAGUCAA